AUGACGCUUCAUGCACGCAGAGGCAGCGCAGAGAAAGGCGCAAAGCAAGAUGACAGGGAGAGAUGGUCGAGGAAGCGCUCGCUCAACAACCAGCAGCACGGCGUAACACUGUCUGAUCACGCGGAAAAGGGCACUUGGUCCGGCUACUGGGAAGAGCGACAACGCAAACUGGAAUGCCAAGAAGUGGACGCCUUCUUAUUUGGCAACCUGUCAUCACGAAUAGCCGGAACAAGGCAAGACGAAGAGCGGCAUCCCCGGCACUCCGAAAUUUUCAAGGAUUGCUGCAUCUACUUCGAUGGACGCGUUGAUGUUGGAGGUGGCCUGUCUGCCUAUGGCCUGAACAAGUUGGCUCGCUUACAUGGGGCAGUCGUCAACCCACGGCUGGCCAAGCGAAGCGUGACGCACGUGGUUUGCACACAGCUGAGUGGAGCCAAAGAGCGGAAAGCAUUACGGGACGCCAGCUCAGCUCAUGCUGUGGCGCAAUAUGUAGUUCAGCCAUCCUGGAUUACCGAAUCUGUGGCGGCUGGACGCAGACUUCCAGAAUGCCAAUUUUCACUCAUGAUGAGAAUCUCGCAUCGGUUUGGCUUAAACACGUUGGCAACCAGCUCUUUCAGGUCCAAGCUAGCGAAGCCGGCCAAGAAAAGCUGUGACAACGCAACCCUUGCUGUUCAUGUCCUGAGUCCAGACAGCCCAGACCGCUCCAGGGUGCAAGAAGUUCCUUUUCCAGCGGUGGGAGAGAAAUGUUGCAAUCAUCCAGACGCUUGGAGUGCUCCAAGUGGCAGCCCGGCGAGAUCAGAACUGCCAGCUACAGCUUUGGACAGCGAGGACGGGACCCAAGAAACUGAGUUGGAUACCGACGCUGAGUAA